CACAAUAACCACCGCUCACCUUCACAACACUUUAAGGAAUCAUGGAGGUUUCAGCCUUAAAGAAAAUUAUAGAUGAUUUUUGUGUCUGUGAAGAGGUUAACAUAGAAAAAACAGGUCUCAUCAUUGAUGGUGCAGCUCUGUACUAUUCUUUGUAUUAUACGUCUGAUCCAAAGCUGGACCAGCGCUGUGGAGGAGAUUAUCCUGGAUUCAAAGAUGAGGUCUGUAACUUCUUUAAGACUCUGCAGGACUGUGAAGUCACUCCGUACAUCUUCCUGGAUGGAGGCUCAGAUCCUGACAAGCACAAAACACUUGUGUCUCGUCUAAAACAUAAACUGGAAAAAGCAAAGACAGUAGCAGAGAGUGAGCCUGACGCUGCACCAAAAGGAUGUAACGUCUUACCACCUCUGGUCAAAGAUGUCUUCAUAGAAAUCUUAAAGGAAAAAGACAUCAUGUUUGAACAGUGUUUAGGAGAAGCUGACCCUGUAAUUGUUUCUGCUGCAAAUCAGAAUCAAUGUGCUGUGCUGUCCAUUGAUAAGGACUUUUACAUCUUUGAAGUGCAUAAAGGUUUCCUUCAUCUCGACAACUUUGAGUGGAAAAGCAAAGAGGAUGAAAAAAUUCCUGCUAAACUCUACACACGUUCAAAGUUUUGUGAGCAUUUUAAAUUGGACCCUGCUCUCAUGCCAGUCUUUGCUUCAAUAGCAGGAAAUGAUUAUUCAAGAUUAGAAGAUAAAGGUAGGUUUGCAAGAGAAUCAUCUUCAUCUGGUGAGUACAGCAUUAAACGACUGGAUGGUAUGCUCAACUUUUUAAGUAAAGUGAAUCUGGAUGGUUUGAAUGACUCACAGAAGAGAGAACGUGCUCUGAGUGAAGCUUUAAAUCAUGUUGGUAAAAAAGAAAACCAAACAUUCAAACUCGCCAUUCAAAAAUAUGUUCAACCAGAAAAAAAAUGUUAUAGCUUGCCGACAUGGGUGAGUAAAAAAGUUGAGCGUGGAGAACUCACCACUUUCGUCAUAAGUGUUUUAGAUCAGAAGACUAUUCUGCUGCCUGCUCUUGUGGAGGACUUUUCACAGCGCAGUAGUUACACAGCAGCUUACUGCAUCAGACAGUACUUCUAUGGACUGUUAACAGGAGGUCAGAUGUGCACUGAAUAUGACAGGGAUGGAGAAGAGAUCAAAGACAAGCGAGUCCCAUCAAUACUCCUCAGCAGUGAUGAACAGAAACAACUGAAAUUACAGCAUCUGCAUAAGGCUCCUGAGGGUUUGCGUCGCAGGGUGUUUGAAGAAGCUCUGCAGGUUCAGACUUCAGCCUUAGAAAACAUCCCCGACCAGCUGAAGCUGCCAGUCUGUGUGACUGUUUUCUGGUUCAAGAGGCUACAACACCACCCAAAACCUGAAACUGUCCACUGCCUCCACGCCCUCCUGCUGGGGUUUGUGUUUGACCAACAUGGUCCAGAAGAUGAGUUUGAGAGGAAGAUGAAAGCUUUAAAGGAUGAAGGUGUGAAUAACUGGCAGCCCCGUGUGGCUCAUGCUUUCAGCCAAUGGCAGUGCUGCAUGAGGCAGAGCCUCCACCUGAACCAGCUGCUGUGUUCCCCUCUACCAGAACCUCAGUGUGCCCGGCUUUACUGUGGACCUCUCCUUCAUCGGCUGGCAGAUGAAGACACGAUUGAAGAACUACAGAAAACACUGAGAGGAGAAAAGAAGGAAUUAUAUGACAACCUAAAGACUGUUUGUCAUUAACUUUUGGGAAAGGGAUCCUGUGUCCUUUUCCCCUUUCACUUUAUUUUUACUGCAUCCUCUGUAUGCUCUGUUUUUAAAAGAUUUUCAGAUGUGACAUGAAGCCAUACUGAAAAUAGAUGAUAAUUAUACAGGUGAAAUAGUUUAAAUUUAAUUUUUUGUUCUUUGUUUUUUCUGCACGAUUGAAUGAAGUGUUUGAAGGAGAGGAUUUAGCAGUACAACUAAGGGUCAAACGUUAUUUUAUUUCUGUAUGUUGGUAAAUCUGUUUGCUUUCUCGGUAUAAGGUAAACUCAAGAAAAAGUAAAACAGUUCAAGACAGUAAAAAGUAGCUCUUUUCAACAAUUUGUCUCUAAUAAUGACUGAACACAAACGCCAAGAACAGAAAAGUAUCACAACACUGUCAUCAUAAAAACAAGAAAGGUCAACACGAAUGAAAAACUCAAACCCCUGAAAACAGGACGAGUGUGUGAUUAAAUCUGUGAGAAUUUAAUUUUCCCCACCAGCACUGAUCUGCAAUAUUUCAUGUUUGUUCAUAAAUAAUAUGGAACUUUUUGUCACUCAGUGAUGCAGCUCUAGGUGAGACAUAGCAGUUACAAACAAAAAUGAUCAGAGUUCAUUCAUAUUCAUGAAUUUGAGCACUGAUGAUCCACGAGUUAUAUUUUAACUCUUCAUUUAUAAAAGUAACUUUUUAACAUUUGCCUUAAACUUGUUCUCUCUGUUUCUCCUGCUGCAGCUGGUGAUGUUUAAAUGUUGGGAUCGUUGAUUCGUUCCAUCCCUGCAAAUUAUUAUAUGACUUAUUUCUAAGUGAUUCUUGUUCCUACGCUGCACUGCUACACCUGAUCUUAGGGUUCCUCCACCUAACAAAUCUCACUUUAACCCCUGCUGAUAAAUGAUCUUAGGCUAUUGUGUCCAAGCAACAUCAAGAAUUUAAGAACCUGCGUGCAGAAACAGAGUAACGAAAAAUAUGUGAUGUGUUAAGUAUAUAUGGUGUAUAUGUGUUAUUUACAAAAUCAGUCACUGUGUAUUAGUAAAAUCUCGUGGACACUUAAAGACACUACACAGAAUAGUAGCAGACAAAUAAAAAUAAUGACAUAUACAGUGUUAAACAAGUAAUUAUUAAAGUAAUUAAUGAAGCCAAAUUAAAGAAAAAAAUUAAAACUGUAACCAGACCUGUGAAACACACCAUUCAAACAUAUAAAGGCACAAGGGAUGAACCAGUGUUGUAAUGGGCUCCAUAGUUCCGUGGUACAAGUAAACAUACUGUACCGAAGGACCAUAAUCUUUUUUCUUUAUUACUGAUGUAUUCAUGCGUCCACAGCACCACUCAGCUGCAAUGAAAGAAGGUUAUGAGGCUGCAUGUGUGUUUGCAUUAUGGAUGAAUAAUUAAUGUGGUUUUAUUGUUUUGUAUGAUUAUAUUCAGAAAAAAAAAACUCUUACCCUUUACUUAAACACUCAAAGCAGUUUAUCACUGCACGCCUCAUUCAGCCAGGCUCUGCUCUCUCGUCUUCAGCUUGUUCAAAAUGCUGCAACCCGACUCUUGACAGGCACACGUAAACGUGACCAUAAUUCCCCAGUCUUGGCUCGUUCACACUGGCUUCUAGUACGUUCUAGAACUGAUUUUAAGAUUUUAUUGCUCUAGUCUCUAAAUGGAUUAGCUCCUCGUGCCUCUCUGAUCUUUUAACUAAAAAUACUCCAAACAGAACUCUUAGGUUAGCUGAUCAGUUGCUUCUGAAUGUUCCUAGAGGCAGACUAAAACACAGAGGAGACCAGGCCUUUGCGAUUGCUGCGCCCACUUGACAUUUUUAAAUCCCGUCUGAAAAUACGCCUUUACUCCCUAGCUUUUAAUUGUUUUGUUUUUGUUUUUUCUGUGUUUGUUUUACUUUUUUACUUUGUACAGCACUUUGGUCAACCUGUUGCUUUUAAAUUUUCUUACAAAGAAACUGAUUGGUUUAUUAAUCCAUUCAUACAGUUCUAUAUUUCUGAGUGUUCACACAUUCAUCCUUCGAUAGGUGCACUGGGGGGAACUCGGGUUUCAGUAUUUCACCCAAGGACACUAAAACACACAGAGUAGAGCAACCGGGGAACAAACCACGACUUUUGGAUUGGUAAAUGACUUCCUCUACCUUCUGAGCCACAGCCACCUGCAAAUGUACAUCUGCACAUGUGAACAGGAUGUGUUUAGUCUGCAAUACCUGAUUUUUCUUUCCUCAGAGAAACAGACAUGAAUUAGUGAGGAGGGUGGAGGAUGAAGUGAGGCUUUGGGUCAUGUGAUUUAACAGAAACUAUGAAACAGGUGCAAGCAGUUUUGUCUUUUCAGACCUGAACAGUCAAAAGCUUCCACAGAUCAGGGUGAACAGGUUGAAGCUGUUCUUUGGAGCACACAGUCACCUGCAUAGUUGACCUCACUGCUUCAACAAUAGCAAAGCCGUAGGUUAAUGUGUUUAUGGCAUCAGAGGUUUAAAUAACUGCUUGCACCUGUUUCAUAGUUUCUGUUGUUUCAGACUUUGUUGUUAGAGGGCAGCACAACACAACAAUUAAUCUAUUAGUUUUUGUUUCUGGACUUGAAUUUCCCUCCUUAUUUUCAGUAUGUUUUAAACACACCUCUGACUUUUUCACAUUUUGCCAUGUGUUGAGCUAUAAAAUGUAUAAAACUCAAAUACAACAUAUGGCUGCAAGCUUCAUCCAGAAAAACUCCCUUUUAACAGGAAGAAACUUCCAGCAUGAGGCAGCAAAGAGAUGCUGAGGAGAGGAGAGCGCAGGAGAGCAGG